GAAUAUUUCUACGUCACCUGAAUAAUCAUAUUAUAUACGUAUGUACCUACCCUUGUGACAAACAGGGUUUCGUUUAUUACUGCAGACGAUCGUAGAUCCCGAGCCUAGCCGAUUAAUAUCGUAAUAUUAUAAUAUCAUAAUAUUAUUAUUAUUAAAACACCGUCGAUGUCGUCCAGACGACAGUCCGUCGUCGCGAAACCCGGCGGCGGAACGCUGAUCCGGUUGACGCUGAGCGGCGGCGCAUUAGUCGCGUCCAUAGCGGCUGUCAGCUGUUUCCUGACCGUGUGGUCGUACUGGUACUUCGAGCUUGACGCCGACUGCACGCAAGCGCGCGACUGCAAGUGCCUGCUGUUCGGCACGAGCUUCGCGGGCGGCGGUUUCGUGGGCGGCGACCGGUUCGCGUGCCUGUACGUCACGUACUCGCUGCUGGCGUCCGCCGGGCUCGCGGCCUGCGCGUGCGCAUACCACGGUUGCAGGGCGCUAUUCUGCCGGCACCAUCAGCACCACCAGCCCAUCAGGUCAGCGGCCCAUACCGGACCCGAGAACGGCACCAGUGGCCGCAGAAGUCCGCAGAUACAGAUGAGUGGUUUAACGAUGUGUUUUGCAAUUAUUCUCGCUGUCAUGGCGUUAAAUAUGUUUAUUGCAUCCAUCGUGCUGAGUAAUGGAUAUAUUUCGACUUGUCUGCAGUACGUGCAUCGAGUGAAAAGUUUUUUGAUGGUUUCCGGAAACAUGGUAGAAUUGAUAACAAAUCGUAUGUCUUGUGCCACCAUUUACGAUUUCAUGGACUAUUUACAACCACCAUCGCGACAAGUGACAUAUGAACUAAUCCAUCGACACAAAACUAAUCCGCGCGAUUCUGUGAUUAAUACAUCAGCACUUUUAAUGAUAUCUAUUGUACUGUCAUGGUUGAACACACUAAUAUGGAUUUUAUUUACGUAUUGUACCUAUUACUUCAAGUAAAUAAGGUAAGAUUUCAGUGUUUAGACUUGUUAUGUUACGCGUGUGUUAGACAGAAACAACACAUGGAGUUACGACGUAGUCCCCUUCAUAAUUAUAUAUUUUUUAUAUUUAAUUUAAAGUAUGUUAAGAUGAAGUCAGUUUUAUAAUAAAAUC